AUGGCGUACGGAGGCUCUUACAACGCCUCGUUCAACCCGGCAAUGUCGAGUAGCGAGUCUUUUGGAAAUGGCCUCCUCGCCUCCUCGAUUUCCUCCCUCUCGUCGUCCGGAUCCAAGCGCUAUUCGCCCGUGUCCAAGACGUACCGACAAGCUUCAACGCUGUUCCUGACGCGUCGACUGCCCGAGGCUCUCAGCACACUGCGCCCCAUCAUCACGCCUCCCAGCUCUGCUGACGAUGGCGAGCCAGCCCCGGUAACCAAGUCUUCGCGAGGGACGAGGAUCAAGGUCUGGAGUCUGUACCUGACACUCCUCAACGCAAUUGUCGAGCUGGAGCCCGAGGAAGGCAAGGACGCCUUUGGCAACCAGGAGUGGAGAGCGCUGUGCUCCAAAGUGCGAGACGGCUCUAUCUGGGAGGAAGUAGUCCGGAAUGGAUACCACGGACUGGAGGGAGAUGUUGAUGCCGACGUCGUGAUCAACUUGGCGACGCUAUCACUUGCGCAUGCGCGCGACCAGUCUCUCAAUCAAAAGAUGCUGGAAAACUACCUAGCCUCGUCGAACAUUCCCAAUCUUGACCUGAAUGACUUUGCAAAGCCAUCGAACCGUUACCAGUCCCCUGCCAGGAGAGCCAACGGCGCAAAUACUCCAGGAGACUUAAAUUCACGAGUCAAGCUUCUGGAACUCUAUACUCUCCACGUCCUCCCCCAAAAUGGCGAGUGGGACUAUGCUCGCGAAUUCAUUGACGUGAGCGCUGUCCUCGAUGAGGAGCGCAGAGAAGCUUUCCAGCAAGCCCUGCAGAGUCUACAAGAGGAACAGGAGGAACAGGAGCGAAAAGACCGGGAAGAGCUAAAGCGGCAAGAGGAGCAACUACAGAAAGAUAUUGCCGAGGCAAAGCGGCUAAAGGCCGAGAAUGAAGAGAAGGAACGGAAACGGCUUGAAGAAGAACGUAUAAGCCGCGAGACAAGCGAAGGCGACUAUGGCAUCGAGCAGACUCCCAGCUUUAGCGGUGUAGGAAGAGCUGAACCCCCUGGAUCGCCCCAAACCGGCGUCGCGCGCCCUCCACGUCCGACUGGGAAAUCACGAUCAAAAGCUGGCGCAUCAUCAGCGGCGGCAGGGCCCCUAACCAUCACAGCACGAGCUACCUUGAUCUUAUCCCGCUUUCGACAGCUCUUUGAGAGUCUUGCGAGCUCCGUCACAGGCAAUCCUGCGAUACUGAUGAGGGUGAUGGCCUUCACCAUGGGCCUACUCAUCAUGCUCGGCCACAAAGCUACGCGGCAGCGAAUAGAGCAGAUCGUGAGGACGGCAUGGGCGAAAGUUGCAGCGACGGUGGGAAUGGGAACUAAGGUGAGCUACAUUUAA